ACGCUGCCCGCGCUGUCUUCCGGGUAGUGCGAGCCUCCGGGUUGGGGUUCCGGACGCUGGGGCGCCCGCGCCGGCUGGCCGGCCUCCCUUCUUCCCUCGCUUUUGGGUCGUGGUUACCCAUCGCCCUUUGCGAGCUUGGCCCGGGGCCUCCUUCGCUUUCUGUGUCCCUCGCGGCGGUUCCAUUGGUUCCCAAUGCCGGGCCUUGGGCCCUGGGCAGUGUGAUGCUGCCCGAGUGUAGACCGGGACACACGCAAGAGGCCGGCUAAGGUUGAGUCGCUUCUAACCUCCCGCUCUCUCUCAAGUUACCCCAAAGUAACGUUUCCCGGAAGCAGCAGCCCUUUCUGAGGGGAUGGGCGCAGCCAGGCCAAAUGGACGAGAAGACCAAGAAAGCAGAGGAGAUGGCCCUGAGUCUUGCCCGGGCAGUGGCUGGCGGAGAUGAACAGGCUGCUAUCAAGUAUGCCACCUGGCUGGCAGAGCAGAGGGUGCCCCUCAGGGUGCAAGUAAAACCCGAGGUCUCCCCAACACAGGACAUCAGGCUUUGUGUGAGUGUGGAGGACGCUUACAUGCACACUGUCACCAUUUGGCUCACAGUACGCCCUGAUAUGACAGUGGCCUCACUUAAGGACAUGGUAUUCCUGGACUAUGGCUUCCCACCCAGCCUGCAGCAGUGGGUGGUUGGACAGAGGCUGGCACGAGACCAGGAGACCUUGCACUCACACGGCGUUCGACGGAAUGGAGACGGUGCUUAUCUGUACCUGCUGUCAGCCCGCAACACAUCACUCAACCCGCAGGAGCUGCAGCGGCAGCGGCAGCUGCGCAUGUUGGAAGAUUUGGGCUUCAAGGACCUCACCCUGCAGCCACGGGGCCCCUUGGAGCCUGUCCUUCCCAAGCCCAGGACCCACCAGGAGCCAGGGCAGCCAGAUGCAGCACCAGAGUCACCACCGGUGGGUUGGCAGUGCCCUGGCUGCACUUUCAUCAACAAACCUACGAGGCCUGGCUGUGAGAUGUGCUGUCGUGCAAGGCCUGAGACCUACCAGAUACCUGCCUCGUACCAGCCUGACGAGGAAGAGCGAGCACGCCUGGCUGGUGAGGAGGAGGCGCUGCGCCAGUACCAGCAGCGGAAACAGCAGCAGCAGGAGGGGAACUACCUGCAGCACGUGCAGCUGGAGCAGAGGAGCCUGGUGCUGAACACCGAACCUGCUGAGUGCCCUGUGUGCUACUCAGUGCUGGCACCCGGCGAGGCCGUGGUGCUGCGUGAGUGUCUGCACACCUUCUGCAGGGAGUGCCUACAGGGCACCAUCCGAAACAGCCAGGAGGCGGAGGUAUCCUGCCCCUUCAUUGACAGCACCUACUCAUGCCCUGGCAAGCUACUGGAGAGGGAGAUCCGGGCGCUCCUGUCCCCUGAGGACUACCAGCGUUUCCUGGACCUGGGUGUGUCCAUCGCAGAGAACCGAAGCACCUUGAGCUACCACUGCAAGACCCCUGACUGCAGGGGCUGGUGCUUCUUUGAGGAUGAUGUCAACGAGUUCACCUGUCCUGUGUGUACACGUGUCAACUGUCUGCUCUGCAAGGCCAUCCAUGAGGGCAUGAAUUGCAGGGAGUACCAGGAUGACUUGACCCUACGGGCUCAGAAUGAUGUGGCUGCCCGGCAGACAACAGAGAUGCUGAGGGUGAUGCUCCAGCAAGGCGAGGCCAUGCACUGCCCACAGUGCCGGAUUGUGGUGCAGAAGAAGGACGGCUGUGACUGGAUCCGCUGUACUGUCUGCCACACAGAGAUCUGCUGGGUCACCAAGGGGCCACGCUGGGGCCCUGGGGGCCCAGGGGACACCAGUGGUGGCUGCCGCUGCCGGGUCAAUGGGAUUCCAUGCCACCCAAGCUGUCAAAACUGCCACUAAGUCGAAGAUGGUGGCUCUCAUACAGACCCAGCCCCACAUUUAUAACAGCGAAGAGCAGGGCUAGGCCAGGGGCUUUAGCUCUGGUUUGACCACCAUACCUUUAAGCUUGGUAAGGGAGAAAGCAUGAGCUGUACUGCAGUCUGAUUGCUGUGUUACAAGAACCCAGCUGAGCUGAUGUCAGUUGCACUGCCUCUGUUGCUUCAAGGGGUUGCUGACCAGACCUCAUGGCCCUGAGCUAGAUCCCCUACCCUUACUAGCCACCAGCCUUAAUUAAACACAGCCUUGGCCUAAGGCCUGGCUGGCUAGUGCUCUGAGCCUCUGAGUGACUAUUUUCCCUCAGCUUGCUCCCUGAAGACCCACAGCCUCAUCCUUUGCCUUGCUGGCUUUCUGGGCACUUCUUAAAGCUGAUGUGAAUCCAUCCAGGACCCAGGUAGAUUGGUAGGUCAGGAAACAGCCUAUGGGGUCCAGCUCUGCAUCCCCCUCUUUAAGUGAAUUAAAGUGGUUUUCCAGGAAGGGAAAUGUGUCAUGCUUGAGGGAACAAACGUCCUAGGCUGGGUACCACACAGAUAGGAGAGUGAGCUCUGGAGAGCUUGAAACAGAACCUCGAGUUAAUCUGUUGGUUCUGGUGGUUGGGGGGAAUAAGGCUGGCUCAGCUCUGGGACCCCUGUAGCAGACCUGGCACCACCAUGCUCCACUCUUGGGACAAGGUUGCUUGGGCAGUAUUAGCCCAGACUGGUGAAAUUUAUCAAGAAGGGCUUGAAGCUUAGAUGCUAGGGAGGGAGGCCAAGGCAGCAGCUGGAGGCUGGGAAGAAAGGCUUGACUGUUCCCUCUCUGGGUGUCUAAGGAGAAGAGCAGAGGAGUUUCUGAAACUGCUGAAACCAAGCAGGGAUACUGUAACAGCCAAGGCGAGAUGGAAAAGCCAUAUUGUGAUGUCUGUUCUGGUGGGUUCUGUCCACUCUGGCUCAUCCAGCUCCUUCUGAGAUUACUGUCUUCCCACAAUAUGACCCUUAACUAAGCCCAGCACUGUGGUCAAGGCCUCACUCCAGACGCUAGGGCAUGCAGCUUCUUCAGGGUGUCUUCCAGCUCCGAGUAUGUAUCCCUGGAUGGACCUAUAGCCUCAGCAGGGUCAGAAAGGAACCUGGACAGUGAAGAGUUGCUUUGAUUUUUAGAUAUAAGGUCUAUGUAGCCCAGGUUAUCCUUGAACUCAUGGCAAUCUUCUUUCCUGCCUUGGCCUCCAUGGUAUUGGGAAAACAGACAUGCACCAAGCUUGGCCUGACCAAGAUUUGUUACACAUGUGCCCUUAAUUCAUUACCCAGGUAACAAAAUCUCACUUGCCCUUUGCGUUCAGUCCGCAUAUCCUCAGCUGCUUAGGACUUUUGCCGCUCAGACUGCUCUUUAGCCCUCUCCAACUGGAGGUUGAGCUCUGUCCCUGCUGGCCCGUUGACGUUCACAGUUGCCAUGUCAGAGUGCAUCACAGGCUGGUGGCCUGUUGUGGAUCAACAAAUGCCUGCCCAGCACCAGCUCCUGGCUGGCUCCUCUGUCAGGCACAGGCAGAAAAGUAGGGGCCCAGCUACUGCACACUCUUACUGCCAGGACUAGGGCUGUUAGAGGCUAGACCAGUGGUUCUCAACCUUCCUGAUGCUGUGACCCUUUAAUACUGUUUGUCAUGUUGUGUGACCCCAUCCAUAAAAUUCAUUGCUACUUCA